UGUAUGUAGAUACUAGUUCAGGUGAUUUGAGCUGCUGUUCGUGACAACUGAGAGUUCGAUCAGGAUGGUAUCUCAUGGAUUAUAUGGGACUCUGUGGAUGGUGUUGUGUUUUGGUCCGUUUUUAACUGAAGAACUGCAGAUUCCUGAGCAGAUUGGAGCAGAAGGAGGAAGUGUGGUGUUCACUCCUGAAAACCUGCCCACAUCAAUUAAUUUAAUUCAGUGGUAUUUUGGAACAAAUUUCAUAUUGUCAGCACAAUCUGGUGAACCUGUUAUAGACCAAGGAUAUAAAGACAGAAUCAGUUUUAACAGAGACACUCUCGCUCUGGAGCUCCGUGACCUGACACUGGAUGAUUCUGGAAAAUACAUACUGACUGUAAUACCUACUACUGGAGAUACAUUUAAAGAAGAAACUUCACUACAAGUGUUUGAAAAUAUAACCAAUGUCCGUGUUACUGGUCCAGAAGAAUUAUUAAUAGAGGGGGAAUCAUCUGCUAACCUCAUCUCUGAAGGAACUGGCAGCAUCUCUUCUGUGCAGUGGAUGAAAGAUAACAGUCCUCUGUCUCCUAGCAACAACAUCAUCUUCUCAUCUGAUAACAGAUCAGUGUCCAUCAGUCCAGUGCAGAGAUCAGACAGUGGAGAAUAUCAGUGUACAUACAGAAACCCUUUUAGCUCGGAGACGGCAAAACUCAGCCUGACCGUCAACUAUGGACCAGAAGAUGUUUCUGUUGUGGGUCAGCAUGUGGUGGAUUUAGGGGUUCAUGUGUCUCUCUCUUGUUCUGCAAAUUCUGAACCUUCUGCCUCAUUCAGCUGGAAGUUUAAUGAAACAGACACUAAUGUGACCACAGACACCUUCACCAUAAAUCAGACGGACUUCACACACAGUGGAGAUUAUGAAUGUACAGCCUCCAAUAAAGUCACGAAGAGAAGUGUCUCACAAAAACAUGCUUUACUAGUUAAAGAGGGUGGAGAAGUAGAAGCAGCAGGAAGGGGGCUGACAUCAGGAGAGAUAGCUGGGAUUGUGAUUGGGGUUUUAGUGGCAGUUGCAGGCAUCUGUGGUCUGAUUGUCUAUUUAACAAAAAUGAAGAAAACCCCAAAACCAAACCUUCAACAAAACGGACCGGCGAAGGGAGGAGCACAAAGCAGACAGGAGACAGACUUGAACUAUGCAGACAUCAGCCACUUCCAGAAGGCCAGUGGAGAGAGAGUGACUCUGGGGAACAUGAGUGAACCUAGCACAGAAUAUGCAGAGAUAAAACAUGGAGAGAACGGGAGGGCCCCUCCACCUCCCUACGGAAGUCAGGUAUCAAACUCUCCUGUGCGCAGAGACUUGCAACUUCUACUGUCACCUCAAGAGGAUGGUUGAUGUAUGAUUUCAUCCCUGUACGUAAUUUCUAGAUGGUUUACAUACAUGUAUUAUAGACUUUGUCUGUUGUCUGAUAAUAUGUAGAAAGUUUUCAUCCACACACUCUUUCUUUAAAUGUUUUAUUUUAACUGUAACAGUUAAUUCUGAUCUUAUUUGUAAAUGAGUUUUCCAAAUAAUAAUUAUAUUUAUAAGCUAAUAUUUAGCUACUGUUGAUAACAUUUCAAACUGUUUCUCAGAAAUCAUUAUGCAGGCACAUCCUAAUUCUUUCUUUUCUUUUACCGGAUAAAUAAAAAGGCCUGUAAUAGUGGGUGAUAAAACAGUCCUUUAGAUCUGAACACAGUGUCACUCAGGGAAAAGACAUGAAGAAACGACACAAACCAAUAGUUUGUAAACAAAUUUACAUUUAACUGUUAUUCCUUAUCAUUUCCAAAGAAUGUGAUAUAGCAAUACUGUUCUCUUAUUUAUCAUGUAUGCAAACAGGAAUUUCAUUUGCUUAAAAUAAAGUUUAUUUCUUUCUCAUUCUA